AUUUUAAGGACUGGCUUGGUGGGGGGCAGACGCAAGUAUGUCCGCUGUUGACAACAAAGACAUGCAUGGAUGGCUUUCCCAUAAUGCAUAGGCAAAUAUUAUUCAUUCUUCCAUACGGAACACUGUUACAUAACAUAGAGCAAAGCUACAAACCUUAUCAAGAUGCUGUAUCUUUCCAACGUUUGGAGGCUGAUUUCUCUGCUCUUGGACAUCCAGGUUAAGAUCCAAACAAGCAGCGUGUACAAAGAAGGAAUUGUUUUCGAUUCUGCGAAUCCUGUUGGAGUUUGUCCAGGGUCACUUACGGGUGACAUACGCGACACAAAUGAAUGUUUGGUCGUGAUUCAAGAAUGGUGGGGUAUGAACGAGCAGAUCAAGCAACAAGCUGCCAAUAUAUCUAACCAAGGAGGAUUUGUCACUCUAGUUCCUGACUUGUAUCGUAACAGAGUCGCCACAGACGUGUCAGGAGCAGUUCACAUUACCAGCAAUCUCGAUUAUCCUGGAGCUGUCAAAGACAUCCAAGGAGCUGCUCGCUACUUGCUUGCCAUCGGGUGUAACAAGGUCGGUGUGACGGGGUUCUGUAUGGGUGGUUCGUUGUCGUUGGCCUCUGCUGCUCUGGUACCAGAGAUCUCUGCAUCAGCGCCGUUCUAUGGCAUCCCAGGUGACUCCCUUGCAAAUGUAUCUACCAUCAAAAUACCAGUCCAGUGUCAUUUUGGAAGUCUCGAUAAAUCGAAUACUGCAAACCCUACCAAGUAUAACGAACUGAGACAGAAGUUAGAUGCUGGUGGAGUGGAUUAUGUGUUCUACGAGUACCUGGCAGGCCAUUCUUUUACUAACCCACACAGCUCUAAUUAUAAUGAAACCAUCGCUAGGGUAUCUACACAGAGAAUGAUUGACUUCAUGAAACAAAAACUUGCAUAGCUUUACUAAGCUUCACCUAGAUGUAAAGGCAUAAACAUGUUGGACAGAUGCUCACUAAGAUGGGCUGCACAGUUCCAAAACAAUUAACUUAGUUGUAAAAUGUUGGACACAAUGGGUUGCACAAAUUCCAUUCACAUUCACUUAGAUGUAAACAUGAAGGACAGAUAGCACUCAAAUGGGUUGCACAGUUCCAUACCCAUUCACUUAGAUGUAAAUAUGAUUGACAGAUAGCACUCAGAUGGAUUGCACAGUUCCAUACCCGAUUCACUUAGAUAUAAACAUGUUGGACAGAUAGCACUCUUAUGGGUUGCACAGUUCAAUACCCAUUCACUUAGAUGUAAACAUGAAGGACGGAUAGCACUCAAAUGGGUUGCACAGUUCCAUCCUGCACCAGUUCCAUCACUCAAAUCAGGUUGCAAAGUUCCAUCCUGCACCAGUUCCAUCACUCAAAUGGGUUGUGCAGUGCCUUUUAGUUUAAAAUUAAUUAAAUUAUAUUAAUCUGAGUAAAUGUAAUUGUGCAGCCUUUAGAUCGCCUAGAUAUUAUAUACUGUAUAUGUAAUAAUUAUAUACUGUGUAUGGGCCAGAUAUGAUGAUGUGCAGCCCCUCCCCCCCCCUCCCCCCUUGACAAUCCAUACCUCACGCCUCCCUGUAUUUAACCUCAACCCCCUUCUUAAAAAAGUUUCCUUUUUUGUUUUGUUUUUUUUGUAUCUUUAUUUUUUUCUUCUCGCAAAUAAUGAUUGGUGACAUUUUGCAGUCAAUCACCCUGACAUGGCUUCACAAUAAUCCCUAAUGAAUGUUAUUAUAAUUUUAGCUUAUUGUCAUUUUAAAAAUAAAGGCAAGGUUGUUUUCUUU